AUGCGAGGCCGACCAGGACAUCUGACGACGCCAACAACAGUCCCUAUUUCCUAUGGGAUGCAGCGCAACUUUGCAACAGCUCCUGCUGUAGGGCAGAUCCAAAAUUCUAGCAAUGCCAUUCAGUGAGUUGGACUACCAAGCCGUACACCCACGAAGUUGUGAGGGAUCCGGUCAACUCUCCGGGUGGUCAACUUGUGUGUGAAGUUGAGCUUGGGGGGUGGUAUAUUCCGUCAUACAUCAGGCGUACCGCUCCAUUUCGCGAGAUAUCGACAUCCACGGAUUGAUCCAUUUACUGCGCACGCUGCAGCCUGGCACAUAGAUCUUCGGCACUGCGGGCGAAAGAGUGCUACACCGGGCUUUGAAUGUGAGUGGUUCUUUUCCCAUGACUGUCAACGCCCGCGAGGAUGGGCUUUGCUCGAUGAAGUGAUGUGCGCGUCAAGGAAACCUGUGUCAACACCCACGCGGGCUGUACAGCGGUACGCUGCUGCGUUGCCGCAGUGAUGUAGUAGAGGAUACGCUUGAGUCUAUGGGUGACGACCGCCGACAUAAGUUAUGGGUGCUAACGAUGAUGCUCUAUUCAGCACAAAUUGCGCAGCACAUUCGACUGGUUCGUGGUAUCGACAGAGAUUUCGGAAUUUUUUAUUUUUGAUUUUGAAAGUCCUUGUCCGCGGUAAACGAUGAUUCACACCACAGCUCGCGACAGCACCGACCGAAUUCAACGUCGCCUCCUCACCUGCUGUGGCCAGUGGUUCUUAUUCUUGGCAUCGAUGCCUCAAUGUGUGCAGUUGUAAGUUUGCAUUGCGCAUGUUUAAGUACCGUGUGUGAUACCCAG